AUAGGUAGAGACUGUUGUUCCGAAGCGUCUAGUCAUAGCUAUUACUCGAUUAUAUUUAUAGCUCUUGAUGUCACACAAGUGUGUAGACCUCAACAGCUACAUAAUAUACAACAGGCUCCACUACCUGGUGUCGUGUUAUUGUUUGGUGUUACUUUGCGAGAAGAAGACACUAUCACAACAGGUCUGACCAUCAGCGAAUCAACCAACAACCACCAAAGCCUGUUUUCCCAGUCUCUCGCCAUCAUCAUGUCAUCAGAAUAUUCCACUACCCUAGGGAAGACGCAGCCUCCUUUGGCGAAACAAGGAGGCAAACUGCUGGACCUGGCGUUCGCCAUGGAUACAACUGGCAGCAUGGGAUCCUACAUCGACGCCGCCAGGGACAACGUGCGCAGAAUCGCGGAAGAGAUCGUUGCCAAGGAGACGUGUGACGUACGCCUGGCUCUGGUCAACUAUCGCGACCAUCCACCCCAGGAGACAUCGUACGUGACGGAGGUGCAUGAUUUCACUCCUGCAGUAGCCGAGAUGAAGCGAUGGCUAGAGAACACUAGCGCGAAUGGUGGCGGCGACGCACCUGAAGCUGUCGCCGACGCUUUGCACCAGGUUGUAAAACUAUCGUGGCGGCCAGAAGCUACCAAAAUCUGUGUCCUCAUCUCCGACGCCCCUCCACAUGGACUUCAGGAAAGCGGAGACACCUUUCCAAACGGCUGCCCUGACGGUCUUGACCCCAUGAUGACUGCGCGACAGAUGGCGGAGAAGGCCAUCACGUUGUACGUGGCUGGCUGCGAGCCCUCCAUCACACCUUACAAGGACUUCUUCGCCGCUCUUGCUCACAUCACAGGUGGACAGUACGUGCCCCUGCAGGCUGCGUCGUCACUGACCUCAGUAAUAGUCGGAAGUACUCAGGAGGAAAUGUCGCUAGAAAAGCUGAUGGAUCAAGUGAAGCAGAUGUACGUGGCCGAAGUCAGCCAGCUAGGGGAGGCAAAUGUGGACUUGAGUGCUUUGUCGGCGCGAGUCAGGGAUCAGCUCAACAUUCACGGGGAAAGCUCGAUUCAUCUGAAGGUCAACAAGAAACAUCUGGAGCCACCAUCUUCCCACGCGACGACACUUGCUGAGUGCACGUGCAUGGAGGACGUCAGAAGGGAGUGGAAGCCAGAGUCUGCUGCCCCUGGCAUUGCCGCCCCUGAGUUCGCAGCUUUCCCUGUCGCAACCGCAGCGGCACCGGAAGCAUCCCUUUCUGAGGAAGCAUUCGUCUUCGAGACAGAGGAAGGAGCAGUCAGUCUGGAACAAGCGCAACGAAUGUUGCAGAAAACCCGCAUGCGCGGUGAAGACUUCAAGCCCGAAUAGUAGAGUAAUUGUUGAUGCUGAGAGGAGGAGUGAAGGCGAUUUCAGUGAAGAAAGAGGAAGUGAAUCAGGAGGGAUUAGGUUAAUAAUACUAAGCUAGUACUCUUUUGGUUUAGGUCAAUAAUGUUAUGCUAGAACUCUUUUAAUAAUGUUUUGAAUUUAUCUGAGAGGGAAUGGCGGGGUAUGGGCAAUGCUAAGCAAUUCUUAAGACAAUUGUGUUCAAGACGGGGAAACUCUGUGACUGAAACAUAUACAGUUUUAUUUGUGCAGUUUCCUGCCGGUUUUUUUAAAAAAAAAUUGCUAUAAAGCACGAUCAAUAAAGACUUUCAGCGUGCGAUUAAUCCGAAAUGUCGCCCAUUCUCUCUGUUUAGCAGUAAUUGUUAUAACAUGUUCCUUUCUUGUCUGUCUUACUCCUUGAUGUUUUAUGUUCAAGGUGUGUUUUUAUUAAAUUCUUUAAUCCGCUUAAUGCCUUUGAUUUUUUAUUUUAUGUUUUUUUUAAAAUUUAAUCGGCUCUACUGUAAUUUUCUGGUGGACACUUUUUAUAUUUGUAAAAUAUUCGUAUCCUGGGCUUGUUUGCACCUCUUCUUUUGAGAAUAAAACUCCGUGUCCUUUUGC